AUGUCGACUGGUAGUUUAAGUGUAUUUCUGCCCUAUAUUGUCGACGACUUGUCGACAGUAUGUCGAUGGAUGUCGAUAUUUUGUCGACAUGAAAGUAUUUUGUCUGCUUUUGAUAAUGUCGACAUAAUGUCGACGAUUGCUCCCAAACUCAUUAUUCCAGCCACCGAGCAUUUUACUGGCCGCGUCACAUAUAGGGGCACUGGAGUGUUUGCAAAAAUCAAAGCUCGGUUUGAGGAGUUCAACCUUAAUAACACGGUGAAGGAAAGCCAUUUCGGGAACUUCUGGAAUGUCGUUCCCUUGACAUUCUCCUCGAACCUGGUUGAUGAUGUUGUGGAUGACACAGAGGCUGAGGCAGGCCGCGGUUCAGAACCUCAGCCCAGUGCACCAUCUUCAUCAGGCGUUCGGGGUGCCGAGUACACUGAUUUAGUGGCUCGGUUGGAUAGGAUCGAGGCUGACACUCAGGGUCUGUAUGCUGCUCAUGUCGAGCUGAAGAAGGCAUACGAGACCAGCCAUGUAGAGCUGAAGGGUGGUCAGAACGUAAUUAUGGAGCAGCUCAGACACAUAUUGGCCAUGUUGAAUCGUCCGCCAACGACAGCUUCAGCACCGGAGGCCCCAGCAGAUCCAUCUACCCCACCGCCAGCUGCUUCACCCCCAGUAGAAGAGGAUGAGGUCUUCCCCGACGAUUACGAUCCUUAUGAGGGAGCUCCAGCGACUCCGAUCGAGGCACAACCUCUUAUCCAUGUACAUGACACCGAGUCGCAGGGUGAGAUUCUGUCCAUAGAGGCACAACCUGCAGUGGUUAAGAGUCGGAAGAGGAAGAGAAAGCCUCCUGUAUGGUUCGGUGACUAUACAGAGAUGAAGAGGAGACAUAGGCCAUCUUCGACUUUUGAUCCCCUGGAGCCACCGGAUGAGAAAUUGUUAACCACUUUCCGAAAGUGGUGUGUUGGACUCAUUCCGAACCACCGACUUCGGGAUUUGAGAAGUGGUGAUUACGGUCCAGGAUUCUUUUGGAUAAUGCUCACACCAAAGGAAUGGCUUACAGAUGACCAUAUAGAUGCAGCAAUGCAUCUGCUGAGGAGGCGACGCACCGACUAUCCACUGACAUUUCCUCAGAAGGGUAUCAUUCUCUCCACAUUCGUGACCGCCAUGAUCAGCAGUGCAUGGACGAGCCACAAGGGUCCGAGGAAAAACUUUAAAUGGGAGGAUUAUAUCCUGGACUACUGCACAGGGGCUCAUAAGUCCCAAGUCUUUGAGAGAUGGAGGGGUAAUGAGUUUAUUUACUUCGUUCUGAACCUUCCCACGGCAAGGCACUGGGUCACAGUUGAAGUUGACAUAGAGCUGUGGAAAAUUAAUGUCUACGACUGUGAUUCCAGCGUCUGUCAUUGGACUGCCUUGGAACCCAUCCUGAAGGUUUGGGCAGAACUGCUGCCCUCGCUAAUCCUUGCAACCGGGUAA